AUGGUGGGGACGCAAUUGGGGCUGCAGGUUGCUUUUUACCUGUAUCCCUGCGGUCUCUUCGUAGCCCUGCUGGGAGCGCAGUCCGUUCAGUUUUGGCGCGAGAGACGUGGCGGACCGCGCCGGGACGCGCCGGAUGAGAAGGCCGCCGGCCUGCGCAAGUUCUACAAUCGUUCUAUCUGGACCUUUCAGCUUAUUAUCUCAAUUGUUCUGUUUGCUACCAUCAUUAUCGCCGUUCGCGAUGCGUUUGGGGGCCACUAUGAUGGAGCUGGCAAGGUCGAGUUCCCAUCUGCCGCUUACAUAGCCUCAUAUGUCGCUGUCUUGCUCUACUUCCUGGCUGGCUUGCUACCUGACCCCGAAGGACCCUGGGUCCCAACUGCUUGCCACGCCUAUGCCUGGAUUGUCGCCAUUCUCUUCGAAUUGGUCAUCGCGGCCCUCUUCUUCACCGAAGAACCCUACCUGCUUGUGUCCAAGCAAGUUCUGGACUCAUUGUCGGCCCUUGGCUUCGCCAGAAUUGCACUCUUGCUUUUCAUGACCAUCGCUCUUGCGCUUCGAGAGUACAAACUGAGACCUUCAACGCCCAGGUCAGACCCAGAGGAGCGACAGUCACUUCUGCAGAACGGCAACGGCACGGCCGGCUAUGGUUCUCACCCGCACACGCCGGCAGCUCCCAGGCAGCAAGUCCAGGGCACCGGUUGGCUCGACUACUUUGCCGGCUUCAAAGUCCUCUUUCCUUACCUCUGGCCCAAAGAUUCACGUCUCUACCAACUGAUUGUGGUCUUCUGCGUGCUCAUUCUGAUCCUCCAGCGUACUGUCAACGUCUUCGCUCCGGUGCUUCUCGGUUCUCUCGUCGACAAACUCGGAAAUGAGCCUGGUAUUCCUUACCGAGAGAUUAUUCUUUACGUCGUGUUCCGCGCUCUUCAGGGCAACCAAGGCAUUCUCGGUGCGAUGCGAUCGGUGCUCUGGAUCCCAGUGUCCCAGUCCCUCUUCCGGAGACUGUCCUGCGCCGCCUUCGAGCAUGUUCUCGGCUUGUCUCUCGAGUUCCACCUGAACAAGAAGAUCGGUGAGGUCACCAGCGCCCUGAGCCGAGGUGCGGCGAUGAACACCUUCCUGGAGAACUUCUGCUUCCAGGUGUUCCCCAUGGUGUUCGACAUCUUUGUCGCCGGUGUCGUCUUCUUCGUCAAGUACGACGCCUUCUAUACCAUCAUCGUCUUCUUCAUCAUGUGGUCUUACAUCUUCUUGACCAUCUAUGUCGCAAAGUACCGUGGCAAGCAGAGGAGAGACAUGGCCACCAAGAUGCGCGAGAUGGAGGCCAUCAAGACGGACGCCAUCAUGGCGUACGAGACGGUGCAACACAACUGCGCGGUCGCCCCUGAGACCAAGAGGUUCAGGGAGCAUGUCGAGGUCUACCAGGGCGCUGAGCGUCUGGUGCAAUGGUCUCUCAACGGCCUCAACCUGACGCAAAGCUCAAUCUUCUCUCUCGGAACGGCCUUGCUGGUCGCGGUCUCCGCUUACAAGAUCUCCAUCGGCGACCAAACUGUUGGCGAGUUUGUCAGCUUGAUCAACUACUUCGUUCAACUUCAGGGUCCUCUGAACUUCUUCGGCACAUACUACACCAUGCUGCAGAACAACCUGAUCGAGGCUGAGCGCAUGCUCGAUCUGUUCAAAGAGACAUCCGGAAUCGUCGAGAAGCCCGAUGCCAUCAACCUGCCUUCCCCUAGAGGAGAGGUCGCAUUCAACAACGUCAGAUUCUCUUAUCAGACCAAGAAGGGCGAUCCCGCUCUGGAUGGGGUCAGCUUCACCGUGGCACCGGGAACCAAGACGGCGAUUGUCGGAGAGUCUGGCAGCGGCAAGUCGACGUCUCUCAAACUUCUCUUCCGUUUUUACGAUGUCCAGGAAGGCGCUGUCACAGUUGAUGGCCACGAUAUCAAGGAUCUGAAGUUGGAUAGUCUCCGCAGGAACAUUGGCGUUGUCCCCCAAGACACGGUCCUGUUCAACGCGACUAUCAUGUACAACCUUCUCUACGCUAACCCCAAUGCCUCCGAGGCCGACGUUUUCGAGGCAUGCAAGGCGGCGAACAUCCACGACCGUAUUCUCAACUUCCCCGACGGGUAUGAGACCAAGGUUGGCGAACGCGGAUUGAAGUUGUCUGGUGGCGAACGCCAAAGAAUUGCCAUCGCGCGUGCCAUCCUCAAGGACGCUCGUAUCCUCCUUCUGGACGAAGCCACCGCGUCCCUGGAUUCGCACACUGAAAGACAAAUCCAGGAUGCCCUGGAGCGUGUGACUGCCGGUCGUACCACAAUCACCAUUGCUCACCGUCUCUCAACCAUUACGACGUCCGACCAGAUUGUGGUCCUUCACAAGGGCAAGAUUGUCGAGCGUGGCACGCAUUCCGAGCUCCUUGCUCUUCAAGGCCGGUACCAUGCGAUGUGGGAGAAACAGACGACGAUCGAGAAGAAAGCGCAGGAGAAGGUAGAAAAGGAGGGCGAGUCGUCGGAGACCGCCUCUCAGGUGUAA